GAAAGUUCCGCCGCUACGCCAUGGCGACGCAUUUGGCGAAGCCGUCCUAUAGUGAGCGUUAUCGCGACGACACCCACGAGUUCCGGCACGUCAUACUCGACAAAGAGGUCGGUCCGACAAUGAUGGAUCUGGCAAGAGAAGGCCAAUGGCUGGAUGGCUGGCUGGCUGGCUGGAUGGUGGUUCUUUCUUCGCAGACCAAGAAGAUCUAUGACGAGUGCAUCCGCGAGAAACGGAAGAACGGCGAGGACGAACUCCUGGUAUGUAAGCCACAGCUGGGGAAAUGCCCACGGUCAUCCAUCCAAUGUCAUCCAAUGGCACAUCCAUCAUUCGUCGCUUUCCCUGGUGUGUGCAGACGGAGAAGGAGUGGCGUGAGGUGCUGCACCUCACACAGUCCAGCGGCUGGCGCCACUACGGCAUAUACAAGUGGGUAGAUCUCCAUCCAUCCCACGCACCUGCAUUGCAAUGCAUUCGCAUCACAUCUGUGGCAGUGGAUGGAUGGAUGCUCUGUGUCUGCCUCCCGGUGUGCGCAGGCCGGAGCCGCACAUUUUGUUGUUCAAGCGCCCCCGCACCGACAAGUGAGUGGGGAGGGGCCGGAGCAUGAUGCUGCCUGCCAGCGAGGCGAGGCGCGGCGCAGCAGCAGCAGUAGACGCGAUAUAUAGAUGGAUGGAUGGGUGGGGAAUGCAUUGAAUCGAUGGACGGGACCGACCAAUGGUGUAUACCUAACUGGCAUGAUCCAUGACAGACAGACGCGUGUAUGUGUGUGCCAACCAUGGACACGACAUGACACUCGUGCGUGCAAGAGCGACAAGUCAAGAAUAUCCUUUGCCCUGGGCCGGCCAUUAUUCUCUUGAUUUUCAUUUUCGACCGUCCGGUCCGCUGUGUCCUGUCUGUCUGUCCACCAACCAUCAUCUCUUGUCUGUCUGUCCGUCUUUCUGGCCUGUCCUUCCCCCCGUC